UUGCACCAAUCCUCAAAUAUAAGGGAUCAAUUGUGUCUAUUUCUCGAACUUAAUCAGUAAUAACUUGGUGCCCAAUGAAAUGAAAGGAGUUUAUGCCGCCGGGAUUUAACGUCAGUCGGGAUUAUUUUUUUGGGGAAAUUGGUGGCCGGACGAUGGAAUGGGCGGCGAGAGCAAAUCACGUGGGUGGUCUACCGCGGAAAUUGGUGAUCACGGCGGUAGGUACCUUCGCUAAGGCGGUGGCAAAUCUACUGAACACCACCACCGUGCACAACGGCGACACCCUCAUCCACCUAGUUCGAUCCCGACCUGCCGGCGUUCCUCUCCUCACCGUCAGCAAUCAUAUGUCCACGUUGGAUGACCCAGUUAUGUGGGCAUUCAAAGGUUUUCCAAUUUGUGAUGCAAAGCUGGCUCGAUGGGUACUGGCAGCUGAAGACAUAUGCUUUAAAAAUACAGUAUUGUCAUACUUUUUCCGGAUCGGGAAAUGUAUACCAAUAACAAGAGGGGGCGGAAUAUAUCAAGAACAUAUGAAUGAAGCUCUUGAUCGUUUGACUGACGGAGCCUGGUUGCAUACAUUUCCAGAAGGGAAGGUCUGUCAAGAAGAUGCUCCUAUAAGACGAUUGAAAUGGGGAACUGCCAGUCUCAUUGCUCGUGCCCCCGUGACUCCAAUUGUCUUGCCAAUUAUCCAUCAUGGUUUUGAAAAGGUUAUGCCUGAGAACUAUGCUUUUGGGAGAAGACCUCCAGUUCCUCUAUGGAACCAGGAGAUAAAAAUAGUUGUUGGUGAGCCAAUGGAAUUCAACCUUCCUGAACUGCGAGAGAUGGCUCUAUCUGAAUCUCGGGAUUCAUCAUCUUCCAGUGGACGGUGGCCAAGAACCAUCAUUGGGGGAUUGGAUGAGGCAGCACAAAAAUGUCUGUACAUGACUAUAUCUGAUCAAAUUCGAACUACCUUGGAAAACUUAAGGAAUUUUAGUAAAUCUUAUGUGAAGGCAGAGCAAUAAAGUAGGUGUUUUCCAAGCAUUUAAAGGGAAUUCAUAAGGUGCAUCUGUUUUGAAGGUCUUGCAACUUUUCGUUUCAAAAUUUUGAUAGUUUGAGGGUAGACUUCUCAUCCCUUAAUUGAGGAUAUAGGGUAGUAAUAUUUUCC